AUGCAUAUGGUCCUGGAAGAGCGCGACCUGUGGGAGGUCACAUGUGGAGAAGUCAAGCUGGAGCACUGCACCAACGUGAUGGAUCAAUCGACGUUCAAGAGGAAGUCGCGCAAAGCGCUCGCAAUCAUCUGUCUCGCAAUAGAAGACUCGCAGCUACCAUUGGUCCGGUCAGCUAGUGGCGCGCAUGAUGCAUGGUCAAGACUGGAAGGACACUUCGAGAAGAAGAGCCUGGCAAACAAGCUCUUUCUUCGUCGACGCUUCUUCACAACGAUGAUGGACGAAGGUGAUGAUGUGCUGGAGCACAUCAACAAUCUCAAGACUCUGGCGGAGCAGCUCGACGCUGUGGGUGCUCCGAUUAGCGAGGACGACUUCGUGAUCACGCUUCUUGGUAAUCUAAGCGAUUCGUACCAGUUUUUGAUCACGGCGUUAGAGUCACGUGCGGACACGCUAACGUGGGAGCUGGUGACGUCUCGACUACUGCACGAAGACAUGAAGCGCAAGGAACAAGGUGGCGGCGUCGACGGAUCCGCGCACGGUCAAGGUCAAGCGUUCAUGACAAGCAAUCACAGCAAGCGAAAAAGAGGACGGCCUGUGCAGAAGGCCAGUGCAUGUCACUACUGUGGCGAGCAAGGACAUUGGAUUGCCAAGUGUCCAGUGAGGAUCCGCGAGAAUGCGGAGCGGCAGAGGUCGCAAAAAAGAGCAAGCGUCGCGCAGGUCGAAGAUGACACUGGCGAGUUUCUGUUUUCAGUUGAUGGAGAUAACAUCAAGCUGAGUGAAGAGUGGCUGGUCGACUCAGGUGCAACUCAGCACAUGACAUACUCAAAAGAGUACAUGAAGAACUACCAGAAGAUCUCGCCAGUGGAUGUGCAUUUGGCGGAUGAUGGCGUGGACAUUGGCCACGUCACAUUUGAAAGUGACGGGUGCUUUGCUCAGUCGAAGAGUGUGAAGUGGCAGCUGGAUGAAGCAAAUGUGUCAAGUUCAACCGGUUUCAAUGGGACCAACCGGUCGUACCUCUGGCAUCUUCGACUUGGCCAUAUUGGCCAUAACGGUCUAGACUCCAUUGUCAAGAAGGGCUACGGCAACGGCAUCAACAUCACGUCUGUUCAACAGUGGGAGAUGUGUCAAGGGUGUGCUCUUGGCAAACAAACUCGAGUGAACUUUAUGCCAAAGUCCCCAGAGAGUGCAAAGAAGAUGCUAGAAGUCAUCCACAGCGAUGUCUGUGGUCCUAUGCAAACAGCUUCGCUCGGUGGAAGCAGAUACUUUGUCACGUUCAAUGACGAGUAUUCACACUUUAGUGUGGUGUUCUUUGCUUAA